UUGUAUAAACAGACAGAAGCGAGCACCUGACGCAGGAACACUCAAUGUGGAGUAGAGAUUGAUUUGGGAACAGCAGAACAAUUUCUUUUACUUCAGCUUGAAAAGAAUCUUCAAUCAAUUCUUCUGUCCGAAAAGCAUGGCGCAUUCUAAACACGGAGCUCAGAGCCCUUUAAUGGAGGCUGCUGUGGGGUUUGCACUGGGAGCAGUGGGAGGCUGCAUACUGGGAGCCACAGAGGACCCUGUAGACCAGUCUCUGUCAGUGAUGACUUCAGCAGGUCCUCUGAAGCCGGUGAUGGAGGAGGUCCGCACAGUGGGCCCUCUAGGACUGGGGACCCUUAUCGGAUCUACAGCGCUGACCACGGCGAUGACUUCAGUUGUAGCCGGUGUGAUUCUCGCAGCGUUGACGGCUUCAGUGUUUGUGACCACAAGGAGCUGCGGAGCCUCACAGAUAAACACUGUCAGCUUGUGGGUGUCAGCAGGACUUGCCGGUGCUAUUGGAACCACAAUGAGCGGAGCCACAUUUGGGUUUUUCGUUGAGUGGAUUGUGAAGACCUACGGCAUGGUAGGCCUUCUGUGGGCGCUGAGUGUAUUUGCUGUCCUCAAACCGCAGCUCCAUUUUGUGUUCAAGCUCCUGUGGAAGCAGGGAGAGGCAUGUUGCACUCUGGGAUCUGCAGGUUGGGCCAGGGAGAGGGAACAGAUCGAGAUUAAAGAGUCCCAGCAGAGACACAGGGUGACUCUGCAGAUAGAGCAGCAGAUCCUGACUCUGGAGAAGGAAGGGGACGUCAGCGGGAUACAGGACCGGACGAUGUGGGAUGUUGAGCGAAGGCAAAGAGAGGAGCUCAAGAGGAGGAAGACCGAGAGUGAAGAAGCAGAGAUGGAGCAAAGAAGCAUCCAAGACUGGAUCAAUACUGUGGUGAUCAAAUUUGUGGAUUUCAUGGCUUUCUCUGGCAUACCAAUGACUGUGGUUACCAUAGUUACUUCACUGUUUGGGGUGUUUGGUUUUGGUAGGCAUCCGAUUGUGAUUAUUGUACUUUUGGCUUUAGUUGCAAUCAUCGGCUAUUUGCUACUGAAAUCAAAUGACUUUAAGUUCUGGAUGUUGGUGGGGUGCUUAGGAAUGUUCACCACAUUCGUCGUCGCCAUGCUCACCCUACACGCCAGUCAGACGGUCGUAUUAAAAGCCAUGAAAAUGGAAGCAAAAGGAUUCAACCAGUCCAGAUCAGACAUCAGCACUCGUAUUAACAUCCAGUCUUCGCUUGAAGCUUUGAAUGCCGGUUUCUUCGUGGCGAGGGUCUUUCAGUUGGGUUUGGGGGCUACAGUCGGGGGGCCACUGGUGAGGCACGGUGUAGGGGAGGGUAGAGUUAUAGUCGGGGCUGCUUUAGUGGCAGGGGGGUUACUGGUGGGAGUGGAGGUGUUAGAGCCGGUGCUGGGUGAAGGUGGGAAAGCGGGGGCACUGCUGGGGGUGGUGGGGGCAGCGGGGGUGUCGGCGGGCGCAGCGGCUGCUUUGGCUGGAACCUGGUCCUCAUGGUGCGGGACUGUAGCAACUUUUGCAGGGUUGGUAAUGGGAGCAUUUACUCUGGGAAAAUGGCAUUUUGUCAACAUUGGACUGCAGUUACCUGUAGCGUAUAUAUUUGCAUUAACCAACCCAUUUUGACACAUGUAAUGACGAUUAGGCUACGAACACACCGUUAUGAUCUUUUAAAAUAUUCAACGUUUGCUAUGUUUACACUCAGCAUCACCACUACUUUUGUAAAUGCUGUUUUAGUGCAGGAAUCAACUGGAAAAUACAGUCAGGACAGAUAAAAACUUUUGACACAGACACCUGAAUUUACCUCAUGAGAUCUUUUGUCACUAAUGUUGUGUCCUUCACUGAUUCAUUCACCUGAAAACAAGACAUGAAACUUAACUACCAGCUGUUAAUUCAGGAUGGACAGUAAACUACAGCUGUUUCUGUCCUUGUUGUCUCUCUUGGCAGCUGUUGUACUGGUAUAUUCUGCAUUCUAUGAUGCAUCUGAUGACAUUAACAUGAGGUGAGAUGUUAUUUGAGCAAACUGCAGUUUUAUCAACUCCCCUGGUGACAUGAUAUGUGUUUUAAAGGAGUGAUAUUUUGCUUUUUUUUUUAAAAAUGGAAUUAUGGAUUUUAAAACAUUUCCCUGUGGUCUACACUGGGGCGCCGCCAGCAAUUGUGAGCCCCAUGAAAACUAAACGAUGUGGGCCCUUUAUACAAUUCAGUAUCUUGGGGGGGAAUGGGGAGGUGAUAUGUACGUGGGGUAGGGGCAGCAGUUAUAUACAUGGGGGUGCUUUCCAUAACUAACAUAACUAAUGCUAGCGUGAAGCAAAAGUCAAAGUCAACAUGCUUUCAACGUCCAGCUACCGGCUUCUAUGCCUCUAUUAUACAGUGGACCUUAAAAUAAAUUUUACGACUUCUAACCUGUAUCCACUGGGCCCCCUCCACUGCUCUAUGGACCCCCCC